AUGGACCUCGACAAGGACAACGCCAACCCCACCAUCUUGAACCCAUCUGAUCUGCCCUCCCGCCGCAGCCAUGCAACGGCCAAACGGCAGCACCAUGGCGCCACCGGCCUCUUUGACGACCUGAUCCCCCGCUAUACGUAUCUCAGCGACCCCUUGGACGAGCCCAUGUCGCCAGCCGAUUCCGACACUGACGACGCUCCAGAGGCCAUCGACGAGCAGGAGAUAUACGACCUCAUUUCCACCAUCUGCGAUCCCGAACACCCCUUGUCCCUCGGCUCGCUUUCUGUUGUCAAUCUGCCCGACAUCCACAUUCUCCCCCCAGCCUCGCCGCUGUCCAACAUCAGCACCGUCGUGGUCGAAAUCACCCCGACCAUCACGCACUGCUCGCUUGCCACCGUCAUUGGCCUCGGUGUACGUGUGCGCCUGGAGCAAGCCCUGCCCCCGCGCUUCCGUAUCGAUGUCCGUAUCAAAAAGGGCACCCACAGUACUGACAAGCAGGUCAACAAACAACUGGGCGACAAGGAGCGCGUCGCCGCUGCCCUCGAGAACGGAACCCUGAUGGGCGUCCUCAAGAAGAUGCUCUCCACGUGCGAAUAG